CCUUAUUUCUACGGGCAAAUUAUUAAAUAUUUUUAUAGACAUACAUAGCACAUUGCUUGCAAAGAAUGCUGUCUUUGAGUGGAAUGGAUAACAUGGUUCAGUGCCGUUUCCAGACUGAUAUAUUGUAGUAGAUGCCUUAUUUCUAAAAAAACCUAUAUUAUAUUUGACUUGAUUUCCUCUACUCUUUUUUCUUUAUCUUGUUCUCAUUAUUUGGGGUCGGCUCUCCUCGUCCUCAUGCGCCAGGACCGUAUGUCCUGAGGUGUCUUUGGGGUAAGUUGGGCUCGUUCCAUGUCACUGUACACCACCAUGUGGCUUUAGGUCUUCCUUGUCUGCUCGCUUCCCUGUUCGGCAAUGCCAAGGCUUACUGAACUAUGUGGUCUUCGGGGUGUAUCAUCACGUGGCCAUACCAGCAAAGUUACUUUCCGAUGCCAAAAUUAAUUAAAACUUUGGACGAUUCUGGCAAACCAUCAUCAUAAAAUAAACGUGAAACGUGAAGUGCUCCUCCACGGUUUUUUUAAAGGGGAAGUGAAAGCUAUUAUUACCUUUUACAAUUAUAAUACAAGUAACAUUGUACAACUAUAAUAAAAAUCAAAUUUAAAGACAUUGAGUGCACGUAUCAAUCAACUAAUCGUGAUUCAUUGAAAUAUCUAACAACAAGUAAAGAACGAUAAAGCAUUGUAUUACCAACAAUCUGAUCAGAUACGCCAUAGUGACAUGAACUUAGCUUCUUCUUAGCUUGUACACGUUUUGAAAGACUUACCUAUUUUUAUCUCGUAAAUCUAUAAUUUAUUCUUUAUUAUUACAAGGCAUUUCACUAUUACAGAAUUUCAGAAAAAAACCGACGCUGCCAUCACAAUUACCGCCGUGCUGUUCCAGGUACAGAUAAAAACGAUGCGGUACAUGACUCAACUUGUCAAAUGUAGAAUUUUGAACGAAAUUCCUCUGACACAAGAGUAUUUCCAAACGGGAUGUUGUUGUCAAACUGUUUGACGUUUGUCAGACAGAUCUAAUUCAAUAAGAAGAGCUUCGUUUCGUUUCAUCUCGACUUUUACUCUUAAAUUUUAGAAGGAAAGUUAAACAUCAUAAUGGAGCCUAGUGUUCCAGGUUCUUCAACGUCUUCUAGAGCGACUAGAUUUAUGAUGGAAGGCGUGGGAGCUCGUGUUAUACGGGGGCCAGAUUGGAAGUGGGGCAAACAGGAUGGAGGGGAGGGGCAUGUUGGUACCGUGAGAAACUUUGAAUCACCAGAAGAAGUGGUGGUUGUGUGGGACAAUGGAACUGCUGCAAAUUACAGAUGUUCUGGAGCAUAUGAUUUGAGAAUUUUGGAUAGUGCUCCCACUGGUGUUAAACAUGAAGGAACUAUGUGUGACACAUGCCGGCAACAACCUAUAUUUGGAAUUCGUUGGAAAUGUGCUGAAUGCAGUAACUAUGACUUGUGUUCUGUGUGCUACCAUGGAGACAAGCAUCAUCUGCGUCACAGAUUCUACCGCAUCAGCGCACCAGGAGCUCAGCGCUGCCUGGUGGAGCCCCGUCGCAAGAGCAAGAAACAAGCUGUUAGAGGAAUAUUCCCUGGUGCUAGGGUUGUUAGAGGGGUUGAUUGGCAAUGGGAAGACCAAGAUGGCGGAAACGGUAGAAGAGGGAAAGUGAAUGAGAUCCAGGACUGGUCUGCAGCCAGUCCCCGGUCAGCUGCUUAUGUGGUCUGGGACAAUGGGGCUAAGAACCUUUACAGGGUUGGAUUUGAGGGAAUGGCUGAUCUUAAGGUUAUGAAUGACGUAAAAGGUCAAAAUGUAUACAAAGAACAUCUUCCGCUAUUGGGAGAGCUAGGCCCCGGACGCACGGGCCCUCAUGGGUUGCAAGUUGGUGAUCAGGUGAACGUCGACCUGGACCUAGAGAUCGUGCAGUCGCUCCAAAUCGGGCACGGUGGCUGGACGGACGGCAUGUUCGAGUGUCUCGGGACCACUGGCACUGUCGUCGGCAUCGACGAGGAUCAUGAUAUCGUCGUAACGUAUCCUAGCGGCAACCGAUGGACGUUCAACCCCGCUGUUUUAACUAAGGUAUGCAGCGGGAACAUGAGCGCGUCAGCAUCGGGCAGUGGUACAGCCGCCAGUGGCUUCGCCGUCGGCGACCUCGUGCAAGUGUGCGCCGACCAGGAGCGGGUCAAGGCGCUGCAGCGUGGACAUGGCGAGUGGGCCGAGGCGAUGGCACCGACUCUCGGAAAAAUUGGCCGCGUACAGCAGAUCUACCACGACAACGAUCUGAAAGUGGAAGUAUGUAAUACGUCUUGGACAUACAACCCCAACGCUGUUACCAAAGUCUCCUCAAUCGGUACCAUUCCGGAAAACUCUUCAGGCGAGCGCCUCUCGGCGCUCCUGAAGAAACUAUUCGAGACCCACGUGACGGGGGACACGAACGAGGAGCUGGUGAAGGCGGCCACUAACGGCGACGCGGCGCGCUGCGCGGACAUCCUGGCGCGCGCCGACGCGCCCGCCGACGUCAACGGCGUGUUCGGCGGACACACCGCGCUGCAGGCGGCAGCUCAAAACGGCCACCUGGAAGUGAUCCGCGCGCUAGUGGAAGCGGGCGCGGACGCGGACGCGGAAGACCGCGACGGUGACCGCGCGGCCCACCACGCCGCGUUCGGAGAUGAACCUUCGGCUCUCCGGGCCCUUGCCGCCGCUGGAGCAGAUUUAAACGCGCGGAAUAGGCGGCGGCAGACUCCGCUGCAUAUAGCUGUGAAUAAGGGACACCUGGGCGUCGUCAGGACGUUGUUACAGCUCGCUGUGCAUCCGAGUUUGCAGGAUUCUGAAGGGGAUACCCCUUUACAUGAUGCUAUAUCCAAGAAACGGGACGACAUGCUGACACUGCUGCUAGAGCAUGGAGCUGAUAUGACCCUCACCAACAACAAUGGUUUCAACGCGCUUCAUCAUGCAGCGCUUCGAGGCAAUCCAAGUGCCAUGAAGAUAAUGCUGGGUAAACUCCCGCGCCCGUGGAUAGUGGACGACGCGAAGGACGACGGCUACACCGCGCUCCACCUAGCGGCGCUCAACAACCACGCCGAGGUGGCCGAGCUGCUGGUGCGUGGCGGCGCGCGGCCUGAUCUACAGAACGCGAACCUGCAGACCGCGCUGCACCUGGCGGUCGAGCGACAACACACGCAGAUAGUGCGGCUGCUCGUCUCGCACGGGGCUGACCUCAACAUCUGCGACAAGGACGGCGACACGCCGCUGCACGAGGCGCUGCGCCACCACACGCUGCAACAACUGCGGCGGCUGCAGGACGCGCGCGACGCGGCGCUGCUAUCGGGCCUGGCGCACGCGCACGACAAGAAGUCUUCCGCGUCCAUCGCGUGCUUCCUCGCCGCACACGGCGCCGACCUCACCGUUAAGAAUAAGAAAGGUCAAACCCCACUCGACCUGUGCCCGGACCCGAACCUAUGCAAGACGCUGACAACAUGCCGCAAGGAAGGCACAGGCGGCAACGACAUGACUCCCGACAGCGAAGCAGGCGCGGCGGCGGCAGCGCCGGUCCCUGAGGAGACAGUUCACACCGACCCUACCGCGGACGAGUGCCUCGUCUGCUCUGAUGCGAAGAGAGACACUCUCUUCCGGCCGUGUGGGCACAUAUGCUGCUGCAACGUGUGUGCUGCAAGGGUGAAAAAGUGCCUGAUCUGCCGCGCAUGCGUGACGUCCCGGCAGCGCGUGGGCGAGUGCGUGGUGUGCUCGGAGGCGCCGGCCACGGUGGUGUUCCGGCCGUGCGGGGACGUGUGCGCGUGCGCGGCGUGCGCGCCGCUCAUGCGCAAGUGCGUCGAGUGCCGCACGCCGCUGCAGCACGGCGUCGUGGCUCCGCACAACAUCGACCUAGAAAAGGAGGGCAGCAGCAACCUGGCACAAAUUCAAGUGAACAAGGGUCAGCCGGCCCCCGCUCCGGCGGCGCCGCACCACAUGAACAACGGCUCGCGGCCCGCGCCGCCCGCCGCCGCCUCCGCCCCCGCCCCCGCCCCCGCCGCCGCCGCCGCGCCCGCUCCCGCUCCCGCUCCCGCGCCCGCGCUCGUCACCUCGCCGCCGCCCGCCGACGUGCAGAAGCUACAGCAGCAGUUGCAGGACAUCAAGGAGCAGACAAUGUGCCCGAUCUGCCUGGACCGGCUGAAGAACAUGAUCUUCCUGUGCGGCCACGGCAUGUGCCAGAUGUGCGGCGACCGCAUCACCGUCUGCCCCAUCUGCCGCAAGCAAGUCGAGAAACGCAUCCUCCUGUACUAGGACACCGUAACAUCGAAGAUAGUGAAUUACACCUUGUUACAUUAAGUUAAGGUUGACUUUGCCUGUUAUAUUAUCCGGAACAGUUAUUAACGUGGCUAGUGUGCCAAAUGGUAAACCUAACCUGUGCUGGCACGGUAUGCGUCAGUCGUGGUGCAGAAGCAGCACCUCUACCCUGUCUGCCGUAAACAAGUCUAAGAACGCAUAUUUAUCGACACUGUACAGUCCACGUAUUGUAUGGUAUGGUUACAAAUAACAAAAAUUGAUUAAGGUAUAGGAACUCAACAACUUAUUGAAUAUUUUUUGAUGAUUGAUUCGUGAUUUUAAUAUUAAUGUUAUGGGAAAAGUUGUUAAGUUCAUCGUGAGUAUCACUUUUUCAUAUUCGGUGUCAUAAUCUCAUGAUCCCGCAAUAACUCCGUAGGGUCAAGGCGGAAACAGUGGCUCACAAGUCGCCCAAAUAUCGCCCCUCUCGUGUUGAAAUUAAGUUAAGUGAGCCACUGUACCUGGCUUUUUUCUACCAAGCCAAUGUUCCCACCUUGACCCUACCUGGCAUAACUGUACGGUUUUUUAUACAAUAUCUAAUUGUAAAAAACCUAUUAAGCUAUAGGAUAUAGCAGAGUUUGGCAGCAUAUUGAUUAACAGCAGUCACGGGAUUAGUUUUACAAAAAUACGCGGUUAAAUACAAGACAGGUAAAAAAUCUAAUAACUAAAUGAAGGAGGUGGAUUUAUCCCAGAAUAUUGUCCCGUUAAUAACUCUAUAAUACAAAAUCGUUUUAAUUGACAUAAAGCGAUUUGAAUCGUUAGUAAAAUAUACUUGGUCAACCCCAACUUGUCAGUAGAAAAAGGCUCGAAAUUUUCUAUGAGCGAUCAACUAUUCGCGUCUACAUUUUUCAAAUUUUCCGCGUUUUGUCUGCUGACAGGAUGGCAUUUACCAAGUAUAGCCUCAGGCAAAAUAACGGCGUGACGUCGUUGGCGCCCUUCAUGAAUCUUAAGACGAAAGUGGAGGACCCGCACGAAAUCGCCGAUUCAUACAAACGCAGUCCUCAUUUCCCUCUCUGGAUAUUAACAAUAUAGAAAAUAUUUUUAUACAUUUGUUGUAUAUUGAUCACAGCUAUGCCACUACGUUUGUUUUUUUUUUUCGAAUUUUUGGUUAUUAUAGGAGUUAGGAGCAUUUCAAAAUUUGUAUGAAAAUUGUUUUUGCUCCUAUUUUUUACAAUAAUCAUAAAAACUAAAAAAGUCAAACGUAGGAGCAUAGCUAUUGUUAAUAUACAUCAAAUUAUGUAAAAAUAUUUUCCAUGAUGUCAAUAUCCAGAGAGGAAAAUGGGGGACUACGUUUGUAUGGAGAAGCGGCCGUCCCCUUUCCUCUUAGGACAACGAGAUAAGUGACUGGCAAAUUUUGUUCCAUUAUCUGGAGAGGCUAACAGUGAUAUUUGUCAGAACCUUCAGUUUAUAUUCAUUGCCUGGCGAACAACAACUAAUUAGGUACCUUGUACGAAUUUGUAAAAAAUACUUUUAAAGCAUAAAAUCAUAAUUAUAAAGUUUUAUUUCAAUACGAUUUACAAGUCUACAAACUGCGCUGGUCGUUUAGAUGUUAUUUUAUAAAAAAAUAAAUAAAAUAUGGUCGUCGUCUGCCUUCUCCAGAUCAUGAGGAUACAUAUUAUUUAAGUACUUAUAUUAUUUUAUUUUAUUUAUAUUAUGUUUACUUAACACGAACGCUCCUGUUUUUUCAAAUAAAAAUAUCUUACUAGCCAGUACGUAAUUUUAAGUAUCGUGAUUUCUUUCUAUCGAGUGAAAGUCAAAAAACCAGGAUUCGUAUCGGUGAUGUCCCUAGAGAAAAUCCACAAGAUUGCUUAUUAAUUUUUUGACAACCGUAUUGUGGUCUAAAAAAGCGGUACGAUUUUUCCAAAACUCCGCUCUAUGAACCUACGGUACCUUUACUGAUGUUAAAUCUGUCGCUCUGCGCUCUACGUGUUUUAUUUAGGUACCUUAAGAAAGUGGAGGACCCGCGCGAAAUCACCUUUUCAUACAAACGUAGUCAUUUUCCUCUGGAUAUUAACAUUAUUGAAAAUAUUUUGAUAUAAUUUGUUGUAUAAAAGCAGGUGCGUUCCUGCUCUUAAAUUAGCAUUACUAUUUACACUUCAAUCAAUUGUUGUCUUCGAUCUUGUUAUUCGGAGUAUACGUUGUCUUAAAAUAUUCAAAGGCAAUAUUCUCAUAUGUUAACCGAUUAGACAUAAGCAUUAUAUAUUAUAUCAAGUAAAUAAUAGAUUCGUAAGAAAAAGGCCAUCCUAUGAGCUCAACUCGUACUAUAGGACUGAUAAAAUUGUAAUGCAUAUUGAGUUACCUAGAUAAUAAAAUUAAAAAAAUAAACUCAUUGUUGCGGUUAAAUACUUGCUAUAAAACGUCGUAGUUUUUUAUGUCGAAUUUCUAUAUGUAUAAGUAUAGAAUAAAUCUUUGGCAAAAAUGUCAUUUUUGGUAAAAGCUUUUAUCGCUGAUUGUACUUUUCUUUUUACAGACAACUAAUACUCAUCGAAACAAUUCUAACGACCCCAAACGUAAUAAGUUUGCGUUGUUUUAUCACAGGAUCCAUCAUCAGAUCAGCUCCAUGUCAUCAUAAUAUUGCAUUGUCAUCCGAUUUACAUUGCAAAGUGUCAGCUCAAUCGGAAAUCGGGUAAUGGGUCAAAUUUAGCUUCCAAGAUUUGACCCACACUAACUAACAGGGCAAGUUAAAUAAAAGCUUGUAAAACAGACAUGUCAUGAAAAAUGGUAGCAUCCUCAGGACAGUUUUGUGCAAAGUAUUCGGUAAUGGCCUAGCUGUCCAAUUGUAUGCAGUGUCGCCUGCUGGGUCGUUCACUAAAUCGGCUGCCGAAUGCAAGGUAUGAGAUUGCGAGGCAAUCGACAUUGUUUUCCUUCGGCGAACGAGCCAGUGUUACGUUACGACUUUAUAUUAUGUGGUCUUAUAUUUAACAGAUCGACUUUGUAUCACAAGUUGCGACAGCGAUUUUUUUACAUGGCCAAUUCUGGGCAACAUUUAAAUGGAAAUCUCUUCUGACGUUUGCACUCAUUUCCGAAUUUACAAAAUUAGACUGCACCAUUACAAUAAGAACGUGAAAACAGUGGACAAGAAGUAUUGUGAAAUUCCCGAAAAUGUGAUGUCCAUAAACCCAAGAAAUUCAGCAAUCGUUACAGCAACCGUAGAAUUCAGUUACAUAAAUUAUGUCACGGAAUACAAAAAAAUUGAUAUCGUUAUUUUCAUGAGGUAGAAAAUCGAAGGUGUGCAUAUUCAGCUCACAUUAUUUUGACAUUGGAAAUGUCUUUUUUCUAAGCAACUGCAAAUAAUUUGUCAUUAAAGAUGUCUUAUUAUCCUUAAGUUUGCAAAUAUAACUCUAUUGUGCCUUUUCCAUGUUAUGUUACUUUCAUCGUUAUAAAAUGCAUUUAUUAUCUUUCGAUGAAUUCCAUUAAGUAUUACUAUAUAAUAAUCUUUUUCAUUUAAAUUGUUAAGAGUGAUGUUAAACCAUCUAUGUAAGUAUACAAAAAUAUUUAUAAGACUUCAUUGUAUUUCUUUAUUAACUAUUGUUAAAUAAAAGAAAAAUUAAAAGUCA